AUGGCAACCAACCGACUAUUGUCCGCCACCGAAGCGGUUGCGAAGACGGCGCCAGUCUUCACCGCUGCCUCGGCCGUCACCACCUUCCAACCGCGCCAGAAAUACGAAGCCUCCAAUGACAUCCCUCGCUCCUACUUUCUCGGCCACCACAGAGCCGGUCUUGCGCGCAUCCGCGAGUCGCUAUCCAACGUCGGCCUGAUCAUUGAGUGCCGCGACUAUCGCGUGCCCAUUACCUCAUGGAAUCCUCUCCUGGAACAGUCCUUGAUCUCCUCUGGCGGAGGGCGGCCCUCCCGCAUUAUCGUCUACACCAAGCACGACCUGGGGGACCCCAAAACCUCGCGCCAAACCAUCCGCACCCUCCGCGACUACCACCUCCAGCCCACAAGAAAAGUCCUCUUCCUCGGCCGCAGCACAAGCAAGCCCGACCGCCACGGCGGCCACAGCAACAGCGAUACAGUCACGCUCGACCGCCUGCUCGCGUCCAUCAAGACGGUCGCCCGUGAGCGCGACAGCUUGACAGGCCUGCGGGCCAUGGUAGUGGGGAUGCCCAACGCGGGGAAAUCGACGCUGCUCAACGCGCUGCGGUGGCGGGGGAUGGGCCUGCCGCAAAAGGUGGCGCGUACCGGUGCCGAGCCGGGUGUGACGCGCAAAGUGGCUAUGCCCGUGCGCAUCAUGCCCGGCGAGGGGGGCCAGGGUCAAAUAAACCCUAGUAGUAGCGGAGGGGGCGAAGGUGAGAUUGGGCUGGGCGAGGGCGUGUUCCUCUACGACACCCCCGGCGUCUUCAUCCCCUACGUGCCCGACCCGGAGGCCAUGCUCAAGCUGGCGCUGGUGGGGUGCGUCAAGGAUGGGUUGGUCAGCAUGGAGACGCUGGCGGACUACCUCCUCUUCCACUUGAAUUUGAACCUGGACGUGAAUUCCAACCUGGAGCGGGAUCUGGCCGGGGAGAGGAGCUAUGUCCAGCGGUUUGGCCUGCCGGCGCCGACCAACGACGUGUACGAGUUCCUGGCGGCCGUGGCGAGGCGGACGGGCAAGCUUAUCAAGCGCGGAGAGCCCGCCUACGAGGCGGCCGCGACGUGGGUGGUGCAGGAGUGGCGGCACGGGCGAUUCGGGAGGUUCCUGCUCGACAAGGUGACGCCCGAGGAAUUAGCAAGGGCAGCCGAGGCGGCGAAGGAGCCGCCCCUGAGCAUGCACCAGGCGAAGAAGAGGGAGAAGGAGGCGAUCAAGCUGAGGAGGGAGGCAAAAUUCUCGGGCGCAGAAUUGUAA